ACUAUUGUCUGACGUUAGCACCGUUGCCCCGUUCUCCGUCACUAACUUCAUGUCAACAAACAUUAAACACCAAUAUUAUUGUUUGGAAUUGUAAAUUCGGCCGGGAGAUGUUCGGCAAUUCGCUAAUCGCGAUUCGUAGUCCGUGGCCGAAUUGUUUGAUCAGCGUUUAAAUUUUCAAUUGAUACCUAUAAGGGCACAACUCGUGCGAUACGUUUUAUCUUCCCGUCGUGACAUUAUCAGUGACGAACGUGCAGCAAGAUUUAUAAAAAUUGUAACACCGCUGAACGAAAUAUUCGGUUUGUCAUUAAUCACUGUGUUUGUUUGUCGCUACGUUCUUCGGCCAAUCCAUAUUUGAAUCUCCCAUUGUCGUCCCGACUGUUGCAAUGUCGGAUACUGCGGGUUGGUGUCUGAUCGAAAGCGAUCCUGGCGUGUUCACUGAACUGAUUCGCGAACUAGGCGUGUCUGGAGCUCAAGUUGAAGAAUUGUGGACGUUGGACAGCAGCCUGUUUAAUACAAUUAAGCCUGUGCAUGGUUUAAUAUUUCUCUUCCGGUGGAUCGGAGAAGACCAACCUGACGGUCCCAUUGUUAGGGAUUCGAGAAUCGAGAAAAUAUUUUUUGCUCAACAGGUUAUUAAUAAUGCUUGUGCUACGCAAGCUAUUUUAAGUGUAUUAUUUAACUGUCGUCAUCCUGAUAUUGACCUUGGUACAACAUUAAGUGAAUUUAAGGAAUUCUCUCAAAAGUUUGAUGCUAACAUGAAAGGUUUAGCGUUGAGUAAUUCACAAAAAAUACGUACAGUACAUAAUUCGUUUGGAAGGAGUAAUUCUAUUUUUGAGUUUGAUGAUUCUGCUAAGCCAAAAUCAAAAAGUGAUGAAGCUUAUCACUUUGUUGCCAUUGUACCUAUUGAAGGUCGUCUUUAUGAAUUAGAUGGACUGAAAGAAGGUCCAAUUGAUUUAGGAUUAAUAAAACCCAAUACAGAUUGGGUUGAGGCAGCCAAACCAUUUAUUGAAAAAAGAAUAAAUAAAUAUAAAGAAGGAGAAGUGCACUUUAAUUUAAUGGCAGUAGUAUCAGACAGGAAAUUAAUUUUGGAAAAACAACUUUUGAGUUUGCAAACAGAGGAGCUGGAUGAAGCAACUAAAUUAGCUGAAGAAAAUAAUAUCCGUGAUAAAAUUUCUGAAGAAGUAGACAAAAUGAAACGAUACAAAAUUGAAAAUGCUCGGCGUAAACAUAAUUAUCUGCCAUUAAUUGUAGAAAUAUUGAAAUUGUUAGCCAAAGAUGGCAAGUUGGUACCGUUGUAUGAAAGAGCUAAAGCUAAGACUUUAGAAAAGGAAAAACAAAAAGCUGGAAAAGCAUAAUUUACAACUAUAACUAAAAUUACAUUUCAUUCAAAUAAAAAAAAA